AUGAGAGAAGUACGUGCGCUUGUACAUAAAAUUUUGCAUGUAGUUAGCAAAGAACAAUUGAAGUUGUUGAUUAGGCAUAAAUUCAAAAAUGUUUAACAGUGAUCAAUUAUGAUAGAAAAUAUUUUUGAAAAUCUUUUCAAAAUAUUUUUAAUAAGAAAUUAGAAUUUUUUUGGCAAGACGCGAUAUUGUUCCAGAGAAGAAGCCUAGAAGACGCAGGAUCAUUCAUCGACUAAGUCACUUGGUGCAAGCUGUAAAGACCGACUCCAUCUAUAGCACGGGCAUAAAAACUAACUGAUGCGUAUGCGUUUUUAUAAUUUGUCAAGAAGUAUACAGUGUAGUGUGUGUUUACAGUGUCCAACUUUUAAAGUAUAUGUUGUUUUUUACGUAUUAUAAAUAUUUUAAGAGCUGGAUGAAGUAUCUAACAUGUCUCGCAAUAAAGACAAGUACGAAAACAAUAAACGAACUCACACUUUUAUGUCAAGAGAAGAGGCGAUUUCUGGCAAAUGUUCGCAGUUGUGUGGGAUUGAGAUAACCGGAGGAAUUAGAAACUUGAGUAUGGCUAUUUGGAAUCUGCAGCAUAUUACAGCCUUGUACCUGAAUGAUAACUGCCUGCAACGGCUUCCUGGUGAUAUCGGGAGACUAGUAAAUUUAAGAACUUUAGAUGUAUCGAGUAACAAAUUAAGGAGCCUGCCAUCAGAACUAGGGGAACUAAUCCAGCUAAGAGAACUACUUCUUAAUAAUAACUAUUUGCGAGUAUUGCCCUAUGAAAUCGGUAAGCUGUUUCACCUGCAUAUUUUAGGCCUUCAUGGGAAUCCUCUUAACAAGGAGGUUCUCUCUAUUUACAAUGAACCAAAUGGGACUCUGAAACUUCUUACUUACAUGUUGGAUAAUCUUCAAGUUACGGCGACGCAACCUCCACAGCGCCCUUGGAUUCCUCUGGCUCGUCCUAUCCGUUCUCGACCAACCUGUAUUUUGACUGUGAUGUGCUACAACGUAUUAUGCGAUAAAUACGCCACCCGCCAGAUGUAUGGCUAUUGCCCGAGCUGGGCUCUGGCUUGGGAGUAUCGCAAAAAGGGUAUUCUGGACGAGAUUCGGCAUUACGCAGCGGACAUCAUCAGCCUGCAAGAAGUUGAGACGGACCAAUUUUAUAAUUUCUUUUUGCCCGAGUUGAAACUGGAAGGAUACGAUGGAAUUUUCUCUCCCAAAUCGCGCGCAAAAACUAUGUCUGAGAAUGAUAGAAAAUAUGUCGAUGGCUGUGCAAUAUUCUAUAGAGCCACCAAAUUCUCCCUAGUUAAAGAACAUCUCGUGGAGUUUAACCAACUCGCAAUGGCAAAUUCGGAAGGGUCUGACAACAUGUUGAAUCGAGUAAUGCCAAAAGAUAAUAUCGGCCUGGCAGCAUUACUGAAGACUAAGGAGGCGGCUUGGGAAAACGGACUCCCGCCGGAUCCCAGUCAAGUUAAUACGCCCAUAUUGGUGUGCACCGCUCAUAUUCAUUGGGAUCCCGAAUAUUGUGACGUUAAAUUGAUCCAGACUAUGAUGCUCUCGAAUGAGUUGAAGCAUAUAUUAGAUGAAGCUGGGCAUAGUUUUCGGCCUGGCCAUAAAGAAAAUAAUAUUCAACUCCUUUUAUGUGGUGAUUUUAAUUCCCUGCCCGAUUCCGGAGUUAUAGAAUUUUUAUCAUCAGGUAGAGUUUCAAUGGACCACAGAGACUUUAAGGAGCUAGGGUACAAGACUUGUUUGCAACGUAUCUCGGGCUGUGAUAAGCCCAAUGAAUUCACACAUUCCUUCAAGCUAGCCUCAGCUUACAGUGAGGAUAUCAUGCCAUUCACCAACUACACAUUUGAAUUUAAGGGGAUUAUAGACUAUAUUUUUUAUACAAAGCAAUCAAUGACUCCACUUGGAUUGCUGGGUCCUUUGUCAGCUGACUGGUUUAAAGACCAUAAAGUAAUUGGCUGCCCACAUCCACAUAUACCCUCAGACCAUUUUCCGUUGCUAGUGGAGCUGGAGCUUGCGCCGCCAUUAACAACGCCUGCGCAAAGUAAUAUAAAUGCUAAUGGCAUUUUGUCCAGGAGGUAGCAGGUUUCCUGACCCCCGUUUUUCGGCGACGAUGAGGUCAUUUCCAUCUCCCAUUAACGCCACUGUUCAGGUACUUGUUAACCGCUCGCCACCGUCAUUACCUCGUGUUAAUACUAUAGAAAACAGCCCUUGUAAAUUGUCUCGUCACCUUGAUAGUGAAUUACUCGAUUGUCCUAAACUGAUAGAAUAAUACUGUCAGUAAACGUCUGAUGAUGCUGCAAAUUAUUUUAAUGUAUGUCGAUGUUUAUAAUUCUUGUUUUACAAAUUUUAGAUUAUUUUUAUAUUAAGUCUUUAAUUAUUGUGAAUUAGACGAAGGCCAAAAGGUGGGGCCCUUACAACAGUCGUUACUAGUUGGUACUGUACGUAAUAGAUAUUUUUGAAAUCUAUUGCUAUAUAAUAAUAUGUAAACAUUAAUUAAAAAGUUUACAUAUAAUAUAUAUGUUUAUGUUUAUGCAUGUGUAUGCAUGUCAGUCGUGUAUAUGUUGUAUAUAUUAAUUUUAUUAUGGACAUAGUGCCUUAAGCUAAAAUUUUCAGUGUUUGUACCAAUUAGUAUCGCUUCUCAUUGGUUCCCAUUACU